AAAUAAUAGGUUGACCGACAAUACAACAUGUACACUGUACGCUAUCUCGAACUGUCAAAGGUCGUAUGCGUCUGAGAAAUAAGCUUGUUUCUAAGGAAUUGUGGCUUAUGGGUCAGAUGGUCGAGUUCAUGAGGUCACUGUAAAGGUCAUCUUGAUAAAAUCACCAUGGACACCAGGCCAUCUAGUGUCCUGCAUCAUCUCAGGAGGAGAGAGAUUAGGGACAUAUCUGUGAGGAAGUUUCAACAGAUUCACCAUGUAGAUGAAACACUUAUCAACAGACUGGGCUUGGAACAUGAGUUAGAGGGUCAUAACGGGUGUGUAAACUGUUUGGAGUGGAAUGAAUCAGGAUCAUUGUUAGGCAGUGGUUCGGACGAUCUAACGGCCGUGAUUUGGGAUCCUCACAGAAGGAAAAAAUUGACAACUAUACGGACGGGCCACCUUGGAAAUAUCUUCUCUCUUAAAUUCUUGCCAAAUUCCCAAGACGAGACCAUAGCCACCGGGGCUGCCGACUGCAAAGUCAGAGUUCACAACGUGCCUAGGGGCGAGACUACACAUGCCUUCAGCUGCCAUGCCGGUCGUGUCAAGAGACUAGCGGUGGUGCCCAACCUCCCGUACAUGUUCUGGAGUGCGGGGGAAGAUGGGACGAUAAGGCAGUUUGACCUGAGGUCCCCCCACCUGUGUAGCGAUAGCUGUAACAAUGUCCUUAUCAAUCUCAACUAUUACACCGGCAAGCAUGGGGAAUGCAAGUGCCUCGCGAUCAACCCUCACAGACCUGAGCAACUGGCAGUCGGUGCUAGUGAUCCAUUCAUCAGGCUAUAUGACAUUCGCAUGUUGAACCCUCAUGCUGUCCACUUCUCAAGAGAUGAGGUUCUAAGGUCGGCAUGGAGGACCCCCGCCCCGGAACCCGACGACCAUGGUGAAGUGCCAAGGGGAUGUGUGCAAUAUUUCAUAGCAGGACAUUUACCUGUCAAGGAAGAAGACAGAGGGAGGAGAUAUCGGUCACUGGUAGCAACAUAUGUGACCUUUGGCCCUACAGGUCAUGAACUUUUAGCAAACCUUGGAGGAGAACAAGUUUAUCUGUUUGAUGUAAACAACAGGCAGAAGCCCAGACUCUACAAUGUUGGCGACUACCAGGCUCCAAGCUCCAAUGGGUAUUGUACAAAUGGUGUUUGUAAAGAAGUCCAGCAACACAUAGGUGAAGCAUUAUCGUCUAACGGAUCAUCUGUAGAUCCAGCUGCUAACGGAAUAAAUGGUCUCUUCCAGCCAACCAACGGCAUGAAGAAGGAGGAUUCAGCUGCGAGGGCGGGCUACUCGCAUCACAGCGAGAGGCAUCAAUCUAGGUCACAUGCCGCCCCAAGCCGGAGAAAAGGCUCAACCAAAGAACUCCCUCCUAAGAUCGAAGCAUGGAAGCAUGAAGCAAACAAGUUCUACUGUGACAAGAAGGAUUAUACCUCGGCCAUCCGUCUCUACAAUCAGGCCAUCAGCAUGUGUUCUGACCACGCUAUACUCUUCGGCAACAGAGCAGCAGCUUACAUGAAAAGGGGAUGGGAUGGGGACAUUUACGCAGCUCUCCGUGAUUGCCACAGUGCCUUGAGGCUAGACCCCAAGCAUCGCAAGGCCCACUUCCGUCUGGCUCGCUGCCUGCUUCAGUUAACCUGGUCCAGCGAGGCCCAUCAGUGCCUGCAGUCGUUCAAGACCAAGUUCCCGGAGUACGCCAAGUAUUCCGAGUGCCAGGCCCUGGAGAGGGACAUCACGUCUGCCGUCUUCUCAAGUUCAGACAAACGGACUAACGAAGCCCCCAGUGAUCAGGAGUGGCCAGACUCUCCGCCGGGCGGUUCAAAGUCGUCCAGUAGUGAGGCAGUAGGGCCGAAGGAGAAUGAACUUAGAAACGAUGCGUACGACUACACGGAGCGAUACUGUGGGCACUGCAAUACAACCACAGAUAUCAAGGAAGCCAACUUCUUUGGAAGUAAUGGCCAAUACAUCAUGGCCGGUUCUGACGACGGCUCAUUCUUCAUCUGGGAUCGGAAGACCACCAACAUUGCUCGCGUUCUGAGAGGGGACGAUUCCAUUGUCAACUGCCUUCAACCCCAUCCAUCCUCUUGUCUCCUAGCAACCAGUGGCAUUGACCCUGUCGUCAGGUUAUGGAGCCCUCGACCUCAGGACGGCAGCAGCAACGACCGCUGCAUCACAGAGCCCGACACGGCAGCAACAGCCAACCAGAGGCGGAUGAAAGCCGACCCCCUGGAGGUAAUGCUGAUGAACAUGGGUUACCGCAUCACAGGAAUCUCCACAGAUGGCUCGGACGAUGAACCUGAUGCCCCCAUGCCAUGUAGACCUAGCUAGUGGUCCAGGGGACACGGUGUCCAAGUGUUCUUGUCGUGAUGUCCAAACAUGUUGGAAGACGCUCAUUUAAAGUGCACAACACCCGACAGUAUUUCAUGCACACCUAACAGGACUUGAUUUCAAACUGUUCAACCUGAAGUCAUAUCCAAAAAAUGCUUGGAUGAAUGCCCUCUGACUUUACAUGGUGUACAUAUAUUUCACACGCGUGCGAUGCUUAUGUUCCAUGUAGUCCUAGUGAGUAUUCAGAGGGACAUGGUUUCCAGCUGUUCAACAUGUAGCAACUUCCAAGAAAGUUUAAAGACACUUCUUGCAUGAAGUGCACAACAACCCUGACAGUAUUCUAUGCACACCUGGUGGGCAUUUCACAGAACUUGCCAUCAGUGACAAAUGACAGUUUAUGUUAUAAGCUACUGAAAUCCUUGCUUCUGAUUGGUUAUCAGCAGAUUUGUCACCGAUUUUGGUCAUUUGUCAUUGAAAAAAGCUUUGAGAAACGGGUCCCAGAUGACCCUCUGCCAUGUAGGUCUGAGUUAUUAGUCCAGAGGACAUGGCCUUUGAGGGUUCCUGUUGUGAUCUUCGAAAAUGCUUGACGAAACUCAAAAUGUUCCUGACAGUAUUCUGUGCUCACCUGGUACUGAUAUGUGAUCUUGGCCUGGCAAUAUUCUUGGCGACACGGUUCCAAACGGUUCAUCCAGUAGCAAUGUCCAAAAAGUUUAAAGACAUGUACUCACCUUUAAACGCACCAUGCAGGCCUACAUGUACUUGUACACUGUAGCUAGUAAGUUCAGGGGAUAGUGUCCCUGUAUUUUAUUAGUGAUUUACAAAAAUUCUCCCUCGUCUCCAGUGCACAAUGCCCCCGACAGUAUUUUAUGGACACCUGGGCCGGUAUUCAAUUUAAUACUUAAGUACAAAAUGUAAGCUUUAUACUUAGUAUUCGGCUUAGAUAAAAUACUUAGCCAAUUUGGGUAUUUAAUUCACAUUUUUGGCUAAGUAUUUAACUCUAAACCUAAGCCAAUUCCAUACCAGACUUAAGUCAAUUAUUUGGAGGCCUUGAUUGGCAGGCAUAUGGUUUUCUUACGCAGUAUUAUAACCUGCGCACAAUUAUAUCAGCGCGCAUUUAUUGCAAUGUAUCA